CCCUGAAUUAAUUAAUCACUGAAUCAAGCGCUGAAUUCGUCACCCGGCCGUGCGGCGGAGCAGCUGCUCGGCAUCAGCCCAAAGGGCUCCGGGCCGCUGCUCCCUCCCUUUUCCGGGAGCACCGAGGGACGAGGAGACUUUCCUGGGCAGAACAACUGUUUUUUUUUUUCUUCCUCCUCCUUUUUCGUUGCGUGACCCUUUUCCAAGCGCCGCGAAGGAGAAGCAGCUCCCCGGGGAUGUUUUUCUUUGCCCGAGCCUCUCUCUCUCGCGGUUUCCCUGGGCUGCACCUUUCCCUGGAGCCCGGCCCAUCCCAAACAUUCGCGGCUCCUCCGGAAACCUCCCGCCAGCUCUGCCCGCUCAAAGUCACCUUGUCCCAACCCGCCGCGCUCCGGCCUCUCCCGGCAAAUCAUUAAUCGGCUCCUCGGCAUUCCCGCGUGGAAAAAUGCCCCAGCGGGUGCCCCCGGCCUGGCACUCGGACAUGCAGCUGCCCGGGAAGCUGCUCCUGUCGGCGGCCGCGCUGCUGCUCCUGUCCCUGGCCUUCAGGUUUUACAGGAACCGCUCCCCUCCCCCGGGAAAAAUCCCGCCGGGAGAGCAGCGGGAAAGCCGGGAUGGGGACGGGGAAAAGCGGGAUGGGGAUGGGGAAAAGCGGGAUGGGGAUGGGGAAAAGCGGGAUGGGGCUCUGAGGAGGAGAAGGGACGGUGGGGACAAAUCUGGGAAUGGCCUCGGGAUGCGGCACGCGGCUCUCCGGGGGGAGAAGAGUUUUCCAAGGAGUGAGGAGGAGGAGGAGGAAGGAGAGGAGGUGGGUUCGGAGCUGGUGAUGAUUCCCAGGAAAGCCCCGCUCGGACAGACCAGGACAGGGAGGGAGGUGGGAACUAAACUGGGAUGGAAGUUGGGAAUUAAAUCAGAAAGCGGAGCAGGGGUUGAGCUGGGGAAUGAUCCCGGGAGCAGGACGGGAAGCGAGCUGGGAAAAGAGCCGGGAAGCAAAUCGGGAAAUAAUCCAGGAAGGAAGCCAGGAAGCAAAUUGGUAAUGGAGCCAGGAAAUGAGCCGGGAAGCGAGCAGGAAAAUGAGCCGGGAAUCGAGCUGGGAAAUAAAUUGGGAAUGAAGUCAGGAAUGGAGCUGGGAAGUGAGCAGGGAAGCGAACCGGGAGGCAAAGUGGGAAGUGAGCUGGGAGGCAAGGCAGGAGUGGAGGUGGGAAGGGAGCCGGGAAUUUCUCUGGAAAGCGAGGUGGGAAGCAAGGCAGGAGACAAGCUGGGAAGCGAUCUGGGCUCCCACGGCCCCGGGGCCGAGGCCGCAGCCCGGGGCAGCCCCGCGGGGAGGGACAGGGACAGGGACAGGGACGCGGCCGCCCCGAGCUCCGGGGGCUCCCCGGGGAUUUGCGAUGGCCGCACUGCGGGGGAUGGAUGCGCCCAGAGCACGGAGCAGGACCCGGCCGGGGCCGGGAGGAGCGGCCAGGGCAGCACGGGCACAGCCCGGAGCCUCAGCGUCACCUCCAGCCUGGGGCUGCUGCUGGCGGCGGGCGAGGCGGGCUCGGACACCUCCUACUGCUUCUCCUCGGUGGCCAAGAUCCAGGUGGAGGAGAAUUUCAUCCCGGAGCGCCGCGACAAGGACAGGGGCAGCUCGCCCGGGCCUGGCCUGCGGGGCAAAGUCUACGAUUACUUCGUGCAGUCCGUCUCCGAGUCCGUGUCCAGGACGUCCCUGCCCUUCGUCCCCGCGGGGACAUCCCAGAGCCGGGGCCAGGCCGAGCCGCAGGGCUCCGGAACCCAGCGGGACAAUCCAGCUUUGGGAAUUCCCGAUCCCAACUCCUCCAGAGCUGCAGAGGAGGCCACGGAGAGACCUCCCGAGCCGCCCUCCCCCGGCCGCAGCGGCAGCACCCUCGGGAUCGCGCCCCGGCUGCCCGGCGGGGCUCCAGCUGCGGCUCCUGAGCCCUCCCAAGGGUCUCCGCCCUCCCGGGUGCACCUGGGGAACUGCUCCGAGGUUCUGCGCUGGGCCAAGGCGCGGCAGCUGCGGGCCCUGCAGGACGAGGCUCUCCAGGUGAUGAGCCGGCACCUGCUGCAGGUGCUGCGCUCCCCGCACAUCUACGGCCACCUCAACGCGGGCGAGCGGGAGCUGCUGCUGCGGCUCCGGGGCCGCGGGAGGCCGCGCCUGGUGGUGGCCGAUGUCCCCCCGGCCGAGCCCGGCCACCGCCCCGGCCGCCUCUGCUACUACGACGAGGACGAGGACGGCUGGCGCCAGCUGUGCCCGCUGCCGGCAGAGGUGGCCGGGCGGGGCUGCGCCGUGUGCCCCAUGUUCAAUUACCUGUUCGUGGUGCCCGGCGGGGAGGGCGCGGGCCGGGCGAGGAGCCCCUCCCGCCGCGUGCUCUGCUACGACCCCCUGCGCGACACCUGGCGCGACAUCUGUCCCCUGCGCCAGGCGCGGCCGCGCUGCCGGCUGGUGGCCCUGGACGGCCACCUCUACGCCAUCGGGGGCGAGUGCUUGGCCACCGUGGAGCGCUACGAGCCGCGGCGGGACCGCUGGGCGUUCGCCGCCGCCCUGCCCAGGGACACCUUCGCCGUGGCCCACGCGGCCACCGCGUGCGACGGCGACAUCUACGUCACCGGGGGCACCCUGCGCUCGCUGCUGCUGCGCUACGACGCCCGCAGGGACAGCUGGGCCACCGGCCCGGCCGUCGGCGACCAGGACGGGACGGCGGAGCUGCUGAGCGCCCACGGCUUCCUGUACCGCUUCCAGCUGCGGCGCGGCGCGGGUGGCACCGAUGUCGCCGUGUCGCGGUGCAGCGCCAGCGCCGGGCUGUGGUACCGCUGCGGCAGCCGCGCCCUGCCCGAGCCCGCCGCGCUGCGCGGAGCCGCCCUGGGCGGCCUCGUCCACUGCCUCGGCCGCGAUUUCCACCUGCGCUUCCUCGCCGACCCCGUCUCGCCGCGAUUCGGGGCCAAGGAGCUGCGGCCCUUCCCGGCGCCCCACGGCAGCCUCCUGCCCGCCGUGCUGGUGCUGCCCGAGCGGGGCGCGGAGCCCCCGAGGCUCUGAGGGGUCCCCAGGGAGCCCCCAGCUCCGGCCGUGCGAUCCAAGCCCUCCACAGACCCAGCCUGUUACCAUUCCCCUGAUGCAGGAAAGGACCAAACCCUUGGGUUAGGCCUCUUCCCACUCCCCAGGAUGCAGGAAAGGAUCAAACCCUUGGAUUUGGCCCCUUCCCAUUCCCCAGGAUCCAGGAUGGAUCAAACCCUUGGAUUUGGCCUCUUCCCAUUCCCCAGGAUCCAGGAAAGGAUCAAACCCUUGGAUUUGGCCCCUUCCCAUUCCCCAGGAUCCAGGAAAGGAUCAAACCCUUGGAUUUGGCCCCUUCCCAUUCCCCAGGAUCCAGGAUGGAUCAAACCCUUGGAUUUGGCCCCUUCCCAUUCCCCAGGACGGAUCAAACCCUUGGAUUUGGCCCGUUCCCACUCCCCAGGAUCCAGGAUGGAUCAAACCCUUGGAUUUGGCCUCUUCCCACUCCCCAGGAUCCAGGAUGGAUCAAACCCUUGGAUUUGGCCUCUUCCCACUCCCCAGGAUGCAGGAAAGGAUCAAACCUUUGGAUUUGGCCCCUUCCCACUCCCCAGGAUCCAGGAUGGAUCAAACCCUUGGAUUUGGCCCGUUCCCACACCCCAGGAUCCAGGAUGGAUCAAACCCUUGGAUUUGGUCCAUUCCCACACCCCAGGAUGGAUCAAACCCUUGGAUUUGGCCUCUUCCCACUCCCCAGGAUCCAGGAUGGAUCAAACCCUUGGAUUUGGCCCGUUCCCACUCCCCAGGAUCCAGGAUGGAUCAAACCCUCGGUCGCUGCCGGAGCCGCAGCCCGGAGGCUCCAGGAAGAGCCGGGAGGGGCUGGGCGGACUCGUUUGCUCAGGGGAGUUUAAACCGGGUCGUGUUUGUUUGGGUGGCAGCAAAUCCCGGAUCCCCGCGGGCUCCAGCUGUCCGGGACCUGAUUUAGGACCUGAUUCAGACCUGGCUUAGGCUCCAGCUGCUGAACCUUGACCCGGACACGGGUGGGGUGGUUUAGGGUGGAGGUGGGGUCCCCAAAGCCUCGCUGGGACACCUCACCUGGCUCAGCCCUUUCUGGGGACGGAGUUCGGGGCUGGCCUCGUUAUCUCUCAUCUCCUUAUCUCGUUAUCUCUCCCCUCCUCCUCAGAGCUCUAUUCUCCGUAUUUAAUCUCUGUGUAAAGCGGCGCCGGGGGUUUAGGCACAGCUGGGCCGAAAUUAAAGCCAACAUUCGGUGAAAUGAACCCCGCGCCUCGUUUUAAGCCGAGCCUAAUUGGAGGCAAGAGCGAGCUGCAUGUUCGACAUCGCUAAUUAGGCACGGCCGGCAACUCCGGGGAGGCGAGAGCAGCAGCAGCGCUGCAGCAUUCCCUUCUCCCAAAUUUACCAGGAGCAGGGAUCCAGCAUUCCCUUCUCCCAGAUUUACCAGGAGCAGGGAUCCAGCAUUCCCUUCUCCCAGAUUCACCAGGAACAGGGAUCCAGCAUUCCCUUCUCCCAGAUUCACCAGGAACAGGGAUCCAGCAUUCCCUUCUCCCAGAUUUACCAGGAGCAGGGAUCCAGCAUUCCCUUCUCCCAGAUUUAACAGGAGCAGGGAUCCAGCAUUCCCUUCUCCCAGAUUUACCAGGAACAGCACUCCCUCAUCCCCUUUUCCCAGAUUUUCUCAGUUUAGACUCCCCCUCAUCCCCUUUUCCCAGAUUUUCCCAGCUCAGACUCUCCUCAUCCCCUUUUCCCAGAUUUUCCCAGCUCAGGCUCUCCAUCAUCCCCUUUUCCCAGAUUUUCCCAGCUCAGACUCUCCCUCAUCCCCUUUUCCCAGAUUUUCCCAGCUCAGACUCUCCCUCACCCCCUUUUCCCAGGUUUUCCAGGAAUUCCCUGCUCAUCCCACAAUUCCA